GACUUUAUUGACAGAGGAGCAAGGAGAAGAUGUUUUGAUUAGUAAAAGAAGAAGGCUAUGUGAGAAUGAUGAGCAUGACAAUACGAUAAUAAAUCCAGUACAGCGAUUUUUUGGUGAAUGCAUGGUUGCACCAGAUUUUAAUUGCGCAUCCAUUUAUAAUAAUCAAAUCAGCCGAAUUCAGUUAUCCACCCUGCUUGGUCAAUAUAAAGCUGUGGCCCUCUUCUUUUAUGAGGGAGACUUUACUCCGAGUGCAAGCAAAGAUUUAAUGUCUAUAAAUCAUCAUGUUGCAAGAUUUGAAUCAUUAAAUACAAUUCCAUUAGCCAUAUCUGCAGAUACAGAAAUGGUGCAUUCAGCUUAUAUUCAUUCAGAACUUGGCUUUACACCUUCCUUUCCUCUAGUGGCAGAUACCACUCGCUCCGUGUCUCGACAUUUUAAUACAAUUCACCCAUCCACUGGAUUUACGCAUAGAGCCGUAUUUAUUAUUGAUAGAACAAGAAAGAUUCGAUUUUCAUUUGUCAUUGAAGAUAGUAGAAUUAUGCAUUCUAUGGAUACCAUUUGUUCCUUUCUAUUAACAUUCUAACUUAUUAAAGCCUUUUAUUAUUAUUUAAUCUACUCUUAUACAGUAUCUCGCGUUUGAAAAUACAAGAAUUAUACAACUUGUAGCAAAGGAAUAAAAUCAAGUGCAAAAGUAUCCACAGACUGAGGGAAUUCGUAUCUGUCUGUUUUUGAUACUCUACAUAUUAAAUUGCCAACAGGAACAUCUAUCAAUACAAGCUCCAUGCCAAUUCCUAGAGUAU